UGCACUCUAGGGUUUAGGGUUCUUGGGCAGGUUUUGGAUGGUUAGGGCUUGGGCGGCUAUGUGGAUGAUCAGGCUCCAAAGGCUUGCAUCUGCGAGGGAGUUCCAGGCGCGAUCGAGGCUCUGCGCGGCUAGAUCGCAUUCUUCUACCACAUUUUCGACAGAAGAGGCAAUCGGCGCCAAGGCCGCCAGUGGCAGCAGCGCGCCGCCCGAGGAAAUCGCCCAGGAAGUCGCCAAAGCGACAGCAAGCUCAGGCAAGCAGGAUGGAUCUUUUUCCGAGGUGGAAGAGAUGGUCGCGGAGGUGGGUUCUAAAGCGUCCUGGAGAGGGAUCAAAGCGCUCUUUGGUCUUACAGCUACAGCUGCUAUUGCCGGGGUUUCUUACGUGACCUAUGCUUACUCGUACGAGGAUAUUGAAAGGGUAGUGAAGCCUUUGCGUCAACAAAAACCUUUGAUUACUCAAGACAAGCCAAUUCUUGAGAGAAUACAAGAUCUUGUUUACUGCACGUCUUGCGAGGUCGCCUUGGCAGCAACUGACGCGUAUUUGGAUUUGAGGAGGUCCGUGGAAGAGCAAGUUAAGGGUUUUGCGGCUCCGUCGUCUGAUAAGUUGCUACCCGAUUUGAUUCCUCAGGAGCAGCAUGUCUACACAAUUGUCCUUGAUCUAAAUGAGACGCUGGUGUUUUCGGAGUGGAAGAGAGAGAGGGGCUGGGGUACUUUCAAACGCCCUGGAGUUGAAGCUUUUCUCGAAAAGCUAGCACACUACUAUGAGAUAGUUGUGUAUUCUGAUCAGCUAAGCUUUUACGUGGAUCCCAUUUUGGAGAGGCUUGAUCAGAAGGGUUGCAUCCGCUAUCGGCUAGCACGGGAUGCCACGAACUAUCUCGAUGGGAAGCACUUUCGAGACUUGUCCAAACUAAACAGGGAUCCGAAGAAAAUCAUGUACAUCAGCGGCCAUGCUUUGGACACUUGUCUCCAACCCGAGAACGCAGUUCCUAUCAAGCCCUGGAAACUGGAAAGCGACGACACUGCUCUUCUCGACCUCCUUCCCUUUCUCGAAUUUGUGGCGAGACAACGCCCCCCUGAUGUGCGUACUGUUCUCGAAUCAUACAAGGGACGUGACAUCGCGACCGAGUUCCGCGAGAGAGCAAAGCAAAACCAGAGGCGAGUACAGGAAAGGAAGCAAGGCCAGGGGAAGUUCUGGCGUGGGUUGUGAGAAGAGCAAAGGAGACUAGCCUACUUAUAGAACGAACUUAAGCAUCAAAUCAAGAUCAAGAGCGAGCGCAAAAAAUUUUCUUUCAGUUUUUACUUUUAGCCUGUACAGUUUUGCGCAACGGGAAAAAACAUUUUUACAUUUGCCAUUAAUGUUAUGGUUGAUUCCAAACAAA